AUGCUAAACUGUUCCUGGUUCAUACUAAUUUGUCUUUUAAUUAGUUAUGUCCUUGCUAUUAGAAAUUUAAAAUAUAGAUGGGGUCAGUGGUCUUCGACACCCUUAACUUGUUCCGUUACUUGUGGUAAUGGAGUAAGAUGUCGAGUUCGAAGUUGUCUUGAUGGAUAUGGUAAUGUACAGUCAUCAACAGUGAUGUGUGAAAGUUCAAAUCCAUAUGAAUCUCAAGCUAAAGAAUGUAUACCAUGUUUUGUCAAUACACGUUGCCCACGUAUUCCAGGUUGGGGAACAUGGAGUUCAUGGUCAUCAUGUCUUCCUACAGGUGGGCAAAACAUUAAUGGGCAAGGAUGUCAUACAGGAAGUAGGACACGUUACCGGUUUUGUAACAAUCCUCCUCCAGAACCAUAUGGGUUCAAUUGUUCUGGGAUUAGCCAUCAGACUACAGAAUGUGAUCAUAAUUGUGUAGAUGAAGAUUUUAGUAGCCUUGAUGAUAUUGCUGACAAAAUAACUUUCCAGGUUGCAAAAGAUCAACUUAACUUGAAUGCAUAUCAAAAUAUUCUACGAAUGCAUGUUAAGCAAAGUGCUCGAAUGGACUGUGUAACACCAGCUUACAACCUUGCCAAAAAAUUAACUUCUCGAGGAAUUUUCGGUCUAACCUCUCGAUUAUUUAAAGAGCAUACUUUGACUAUAAAAUGGCUUAAAAAUGGAAGAUCGAUAAAUCCAACCGAUUCUGGCUCAGGAUCUAUAUCUGGCCGAUUUUACAGAACUAAAAAGCCUAAGAAUAAUCAAAAUAGACUGUUUGAUGAAGAAAUGAAAUGGAAUUUACUGCCAGAGAUAUCUUCAUUUUACAUGGAGGAUACUUAUUUAGUCUUUCCAAGUAUAGAUCACUAUGAUCAAGGUUUUUAUACCUGCCAAAUGACAUUUGGGAAUCACAAGUGGAAUACAAUCUUUUAUACCUUGAUUGUUACUGGUGUAAAAUAUAUUGCACUAGAAGGUAAUCCGUUUUAUCUUUAUUCUAAUCUAGGAUAUUUUAAUGCAUUGGAUAAUACAGCUGUUUGGAUGGAAUCAGCUCAAAUAGUAUGGAAGUUGAAUGGUUAUGAAUAUUCACGUAACUUAGCUUUACGAUUAAAUCGACGCAUUCAAUUAAUUCCUUAUUUAAAUUUAACACAUCAUGGAACAUGGAAAUGCUUUUUAUUUAUUCAAACGUACCGUUUACCAAGUCAAGCCGAUAAUCCACGGACAUCUAUUAAUAGGAUAUAUUUAAUUAAUGAGUUUUAUUUAAAAAUUUAUCCAAUGCAACCUAGUUUAUGGCAAUCAAUUGAAUAUCCAAUCACAACUAGAGCAUUGAAACAAACAACUGUGAUUUUACUAACGAUUGGUUUGCUUCUGACUCUAAUUAUAUUAUUAAAUAUAUGGGCUGCUAGACGUUGGAUAAAACGAACACUAACAAUUGAUCAACAAAAGGCUAUUAUACAAGAAUUGUUAGAUAAUGAAUGUAGAUUAUUAUUGGCCUGUAGAAAACGGGCUAGUAUAAAUAAGAACAGAUUACUACCACUAAUUUUACAAGAAGACCAACGUUUACAGGAAGCUAGUAGAGCUUUAGGUUUAGAUAAUGAACAACAACAAAUCGAAACAAAUUAG